AUGGCAAAAACGUCAAAAGAGGAAACGGGUUGUGAAUUGGUGAAGUCACAAAAGGGUGCUAUGCAAAAAAAAUUUACGCCUAAUCCUCCUAUUGUUGAUGCGGAAAAACCACAAGAGCAUGCUGAAGUAGAACGGGAACACGAGGAAGUAGAUCAAGAGCAAGAACGUGUGGAAGUAGAAGACAAGCAAGACGAAGAACAUGUUGAAAACCAACAAGAACAAGAAAAUGUUGAAGAGCAACAACAAGAAGAGCAUGUUGAUUAUAUAUUUGAUCCAAGAAGGUGGGAAGGACUAAAUGCGGAUGAGAUUAAAUUAUUGGUCGCGAAAGGUCCUAAAAGAGAUAUUAGUAUUGAAUUUGGUCCAUAUGAUAAAUUUAAUAGACGAUUUUUGGCAACUAUUUAUACAAGAACAUUAUCAAACUUGGAGAAGUGUGAUAGAGAAUGGCUAGUAUAUUCGAAAGAGCUAGAUAAGAUGUUUUGUUUUUGUUGCAAAGUAUUUAGAAAUGGGGCGCCAAAAGGAGGUGUAAGUUUUGAUGAUUGGCACCAUGCUACCAGUAGAGUGAGAGAACACGAAGUUUCUUUAGAUCAUCUCAUAAAUAUGAAAAAGUGGUUUGAUUUGCAUAAAAGAUUGAAAUCGGACAGCACAAUUGAUAAAUUUCAACAUGAGCAAUUCAAGAAGGAAACGGAUUAUUGUAAACAAGUCCUUUUUAGAAUCAUUGCGCUAGUCAAGUUUCCUGCUAAGCAUAAUUUAGCAUUUCGUGGAAAUAAGGAAAAGUUGUAUGAAAAAGGUAAUGGAAAUUUCUUGGGUCUAGUUGAGAUGUUGGAAGAGUUGCACAAUGCCACUUGUUUGAACACAGACAUACACUCAAAAAUGGCGUUUAUGCAGGAGAUGUUCAAAUGGAGGCUUCAGAAUCUUCAGGAACAAGAAGCCUGUAGGUCCCCUACUCCGUGCGGAUCGUAA